UGCCAGGGUUUCGCUAGUGGUCUCUUAGCUGGUUUCACCUCUGUGGCGCAUUUUUGUAUUUGUAAACCUCAUUCUAUUACAUCGCGUUGACGAUUUGAAGUGAAAAUCAACAUUCAGGCUGCUCUGCACGUUUCAUUACGCAAUUGGGUCAUGUGGCACUAUUCAGUGCAUAGCUAACAAGUACAUUAAUCUGCAUUGUCAAUCUAAGCCAACCGUCUUGCCGGCCUGAUAAAAUGACUGGGAUGGCUGAAUUUGGCCCCUGGGCCUUGAUUUUGACACACCUGUAAGUCGUCAUUCGAUGAAAAGCGGGAGUAGUACAUGAUCUGAUCGCUAUUUCCCAAUGUGGUGCAAACCCCAGGGAGAGAACACUACCCACUCUGACACCAAGCUAAUGAAACCACACUCCUAUGAAAGGCCGUCAUUGUGCAUUUUGGAAAUAUGUUGAAAGCUUUGAGAGUUUGGAAUCUGUCUGAGACAUUCCUGACGGUUGCAUAAAGACACGGUGGCUUUGGAUUGACUUCGUUGCAGUGCCGGACACCUGUGAGAGCAAUUGCCUUUUGUCGCUUUCCGAUCCUUAUAUCACGAUGAGAGGUGCUUCCUACAAGAGCCGGCAGGUCAGCUCAGCCAGCCGAGUCAGAGUGGAGAGUCCAUCCCCGUCCCGGUGUCGCGGCUCUUCAUUUGACGGACAUGGGCGCUCCGGGCUGAGGGGUACUGCUGUUGAAUUGGGAACAGAGAUACACAAGCAUCAUGCCAACGAGAAGGAAGAGAUGCAGGAACUCAAUGUCAAGUUUGCUGGCUACAUUGAGAAGGUCCAGGCUCUGGAGCAAAGAAACGCUGUUCUUCAGGCUGAGCUGGCUGCUCUUCAGAGUCGCUACAAGGGAAGCCCAGCUGGAAUCGGAGAAGAGUAUGAGCUCAAGUUUAAAGAGGUCCGGGAUCUGAUUGAAGCUCUGACAAAUGAGAAGGGAGCAGCUGAUAUCGAACAAGGCUACAUUGAAGAGGAGGUGGAGGUGUGGAGGCUGAAACUUGAUGAAGAGUUGGCUCUAAGAGAAGAGGCUGAAUUGAUCCUGAAGGAAUUUCGUCAGGACGUUGAUAAUGCCACACUUCAGAAAGCGGAGUUGGAGCGGCGCAUCGAACAACUUGUGGUAGAGAUCGAGUUCCUCAAGAAGCUUCACGAAGAAGAGGUGGCUGAUCUCAUGAAACAAAUCGAGGACUCAAAGGUAACAGCCGAACUGGAUGGUGACCGGCCUGACUUGGCUGCUUACCUGCGCGACAUGCGCGCAGAAAUAGAAUCCGUAGCAGCACGCAACGUCAAGGAGGCUGAGAAGUGGUACAAGAACAAGUUUGACACCCUGAAGGAGCAUGCUGGCAAACACGAGGAGAAGAUGAAGACCAUGAAGGAGGAGAUCACUACGUUCCACAACCAGGUGACAGACCUCCAGAACCAGGUCGAUGCGAUGAGGGCUCGCAAUGCUGCCCUGGAGCAACAGCUGGUGGACAUGGAGUCCGCUCACUUGGAGAAGGUGGAGAACGUGCAGGAAGUAAUCGCUCAGUUGGAGUCCCAGCUGUGUGACACCAAGUUAGAGAUGACCAAGUAUCUUCAAGACUACCAGGAACUGCUGCAUAUCAAGCUGAAGCUGGAUGCUGAGAUUGCCACCUAUAGGAAGCUUUUGGAAGGGGAAGAGCAGAGGCUUGGAAUAGCCAAAGAUGAGAUGUAAAUGUCAAGAUGGAGACAAACCCUUAAUAGCAUUUUGACCCCAAACAUGGUUUAGAUUGUUUAUUUUUCUAACAAAAUGGACAGUAAAACACUAAUCACAGACCGUAACAAACUAACCUUGAACUUUUUUUAUUUUUUUUCAAAUUACUGAAGCAGUGUCUGUUCCAUUCAAACCUAUUUACUUUCAUUAUAGGAUGAAUACAGUGCCAUGUCUGAUAUUUUGUUGGGCCACGCUGAGUACCAUUAGUGUUCAUUGGCUGUAGGGUUUUCUCCAUUUCUCAUGAGUGAACACAAUGAUGUUAUCGUGUUAUCAUUCUACUGUCCAGUUAAUCCUCAGUGUGAAGUGUGUCCAAGUUUGUGUCCAUUUGCUGAGCUGCUGAUAAUAAAGAAGAAACAAGAGUGUCUUUGUGCUCCUG